AAGAUAUCUCGAGUCCCGUGUCUCUCCCGUCAUCCAUGAACGUUUCAACCAACACUUCACACGACUGGUCGCGCGUCGGCGAGCAUGAGGUUCGCGUGUGCUUUAUAAGCUGACGGCCCGACGCGGGAGAGCCCAGCAGUCCAGCACACGUACGUUCGCUCCAUUUCCCACGGGACGAACGCGCGCGCGCGGGCGAUCGCCAUGAAGACAACUUCGUCGCACGGGUUCCACAGCGCGUCGCUCUGCACCCCGUACCUGCUCCUCGUGCCGCUCGGCCUCCUCGCCGUGCUGCUCGUGCUCCCGAGCCUGGGCUCGUCGCACGUCCGCUCCGACGGCCUCGGCGUGACGCUGUGCCGCCGCGCGGUCACCGACGGGUACUCCGUCGCGUCGGGUGCCGAUGAGAAGGCUGUCGCCGAGACGCCGCCGGAGUUCAGCCUGCUUGUCGGCGUCCUGACCAUGCCCAAGCGGCGCGAGCGGCGGGACAUCGUGCGGAUGGCCUACGCGCUGCAGCCUCCGGCCCCCGCUGGCGUCGCGCGGGUGGACGUGCGGUUCGUGUUCUGCCGCGUGGACGACCCCGUGGACGCGGCGCUGCUGUCGCUGGAGGCCCGGCAGCAUGGCGACGUGGUCGUCCUCAACUGCACCGAGAACAUGAACGACGGCAAGACGCACGAGUACCUCUCAUCGGUGCCGCGCCUCUUCGCGCGGGAGCCCUACGACUACGUGAUGAAGACCGACGACGACACGUACCUGCGCGUGGCCGCGCUGGCGGACGAGCUCCAGGGCAAGCCCCGCGACGACGUGUACCUCGGCUACGGCUUCGCGGUCGGCGACGAUCCCAUGCCGUUCAUGCACGGGAUGGGGUACGUCGUCUCCUGGGACGUCGCGGAUUGGGUGUCCACCAACCAGGAGAUCCUGCGCCACAACGACACGCACGGGCCCGAGGACCUGCUCGUCGGCAAGUGGCUCAACAUCGGCGGCAGGGGGAAGAACCGGUACGACCUCAAGCCGCGGAUGUACGACCUCAACUGGGACAUGGACAACUUCCGGGCGGACACCGUCGCCGUGCACAUGCUCAAGGACAACCGCCGGUGGGCGGCGGCCUUCAGGUACUUCAACGUCACCGCCGGGAUCAAGCCCUCCAAGCUGUACCAUUUGCCGUAAUUGGGUAGUUAAGCUGUUCAUAUUGCUUUUUUUUUUGGGUGCGUGUGUAUUUCUUGAGAUGACGCCGGUUGAUUGUGCUAAGUAGGGAUGAUAAUCUUAUCUGCGGGUUCGGUACCCGUAGUUAACA